UCCACACAAACCAGUCUUUGCAACAGAGCUGCUGUCAGUUUGGACUGAAACUGAGUAACCGAUGUGGCCAUGCUAUUGUCAGAGGCUAAAUGGAUGGUUAUGGCUUUCAUUGCUUGCAUCUCAGGGGCUGUGGGACAAAACAGGACCAUUUGUGUGUUCAGAGGUUCAUCGGUGAAUCUCACCUGCUUAGCUGAACACACAGCCAAAAGAAGCUGGUAUGUCAGCAAUGGUUCCAUCAUUGACCUAAAUGAGUUCUCUGCAAAUGGAAAUGAUGCAGCAUACAAACUAAGUGAGGACGAUAACUUUACUCUAACAAUCACAAAAGUAAGAGAGAGUGAUGAAAACACUUACUGCUGCAGAAAAACUACAGACAAGACAGACUUCUGCUGGAACAGCGCAAUUAAACUUCGUGUUGCAGACCUGCAGGUGAAGGUGUUUCCUACCACAGAUAGACAUGCUGUGACUCUUAUGUGCAGCACCAGCUGUCCUCUGACUGAAACCCCCACAGCCUUUAUCUGGUACAAGAACAGAGAGUUCCUCUAUGAGGACUGGUCUCCCUGGUACCAAGAGCUGGUCACCAGUCAGGAUGCAGUCAAAUAUUCCUGUGCAAUCAAAGAUUAUGUAAAUGUCAGAGCUCCUGAGGUCUCAGUGGAUUCUGUCACUCCAAACUGCUUCAGUGUGACGUAUGCAAAAGGGAAAAUUUGCUCUGAUGACCUGAAAUCAGUGGAUAGGCCAUGCUCCAUCACAUAUGCCAAAGAUAUACAUGUUCAGCUUACCUCUGUGAAGAAACAUAUAAUACUGACGUGUAACACCAGCUGUCCUGCGGCUGACCCUCUCACUGCCUUUGAGUGGUACUAUAACAGAAAAUUAUUCAAUCACUGCAAAAGCCAAGACAUUACAGUGACAAAGUCUGAAGAGCAAAUCUUCUCCUGUGCUGUAAAAGACAAUGAAGCUCUGCACUCUGAUGAAAUCUGCAUUUACGGUGCAAGCUGCGAGCAUAAAAAUUAUGUCAGCAGGAGAAUCUGUGCCCUGGAAGGCUCUUCUGUCAACAUUUCCAGUGUGUAUUCAUACAUUUCUUGGUCUACCAAAUUAUGGUAUAAAAUAAUAAGAAAUGCUGAAGAGGACAGUGGCGCUGCAGCUCUGGUUGAGGCUUCAGGCCAUGCUGAGUUCCAUGCAGAUGAGAAGAACAAGAGCACGCUCAGAAUUAAUGACCUGAGGAAGAAUGACUCAGCAGAGUACAUGUUCUGUCUCCAAGGAGAUGAAAUAUGCAAACGGUCUGCUGUACCAGGAGUGAUGUUAAUUGUUACAGGUCUUAGAGUGACCAUAAUUCCCUCUGCAGAGGUGACAGAGGGUCAGAGAGUCACACUGACCUGCAGUACCAGCUGUCCCCUGGCAGAAAACAUAACUUACAUUUGGUUUUUGAACAAUCAAAAUCUGAGCAUCCAUGUGAACCAAAACAAGCACAUGGUGCUUGACCCUGUCAGCAUUCAGCAUGAGGGAAACUACUCCUGUGCUGUCAGUUCUUCACAGUUUAUUAGCUCACCAGAGCAGGCUCUCAUGGUCAAAGCCCAUGUAAAAUCUGUGGCCAUAAUGAACGCAGUAAAACUGGUUGUUUUUUUACUGAUCCUUUCAGUAGUAUUUAAAUUCUGCCUGAUGACAAGAAAGAGGAAAACUGUGACAGCCACUGCUGAGCAAAGAGAAAAAGAACAAACUGAGCAGGCAGACCCACUAUAUGAGGGAAUCGCACUCAUGAACACAAAUGUCCCAUCACAGAGAGAAAAAGAAGAGGAGCAUGAAGACACUGUGUAAUAUCUGUUUGCUUUUAAGCUAGCAGAGCAUAACCAAAGGCAUGGAAAUACCACAGUACACUAUACAGGCAAAUCAACCGUAUCUGCAACCUUUCUGUUAUCUUCUUUUUUUAUGGCCUUCGAAAUAACUUUAGGUUGAAUUGAACAUAUUUCUUUUGUCUGUAGUUAAGCAACACAGUUCUUAAAUCAACUGAAUAUGUUACUGCUGAUAGUGGUUUAAAUUUAGAUGCUUCCCCUGAGAGAACAAUCCAAAUUGCUAUGGAUUUAGAAAAUAAAAAUAGCACACCAUAUAUCAUAUUAGUUUUUAAGUUAAGACUGUCUUUCUUAUAUUUUUCAUGUUUUUUUCAAUUAUUGCUUGUUAUUCUUGCUUUUGUAGUCUUGAUCUUGUCUAAUAUAGGAUGUAACAUUCAAUUACAUUAAGCUAUUUUCAAGAAGGCUUUUUAGAAUUUAACUUUGUCACAUUUGGAUGGCUGCGUUUACAGCCACACAUAUGGUAACCUGUAAUAAACAGUAAUACACACACACACACACACAUACACACACACAUUUAUAUUUUGUUUUGUUUUUUUUAUGUAGGAUUUAAUUUACAGACCAGUAUAUGAGUUUGUUUGACAUCACAUCUAUUCUAAAAUUGGCGCACAUUUUAGUUUAUAUUGUGAUGUUAUAAUUUAUUUUCUUUUAAGUUGUUUCAGACCAGACUACACACCAGCAUCAACAGGGGGGGAAAUUAGAUUUUCCUUUCUCCACUUAGAUUUUUGUGUGUUACCUCUUUGUAUCUUUUUGUUUGUUCUAAUCAGCAACUAUUUAAGUUCACCCUUGUGUCUCGUUUAUUCGAUCAGUUUGUUUAAUUUGUUUAAUUUGUUUGCUUGUUGUUGUUUUUUUAACCCGUAUUUGAAUAGAGUUCUCUUAUGUUGACCACUUUUAUGGGGCAUUUACUUAUUAACUGUCAUAAUCAAAAACAAAUAAAUAAAUAAUUAAAUAUG